AUGCCCAAAUUGGAGCAGUUUGAAAUCAAGAAGUACUGGCAAAUCUUCCUGGGGCUGAAGCCUCAGGAGAACAAAGUGACGCAUGACCAGGUGCUGCCAAUCCUGUAUAACUCGAAGCUCGACUCCUCGAUCCUCAACAAGAUCUGGUUUUUGGCAGACAUUGACGACGAUGACAAUCUAGACUUUGAGGAGUUCGUGAUCUGUAUGCGACUCAUCUUUGACAUGGUGAACAAGAACAUCGACACGGUGCCGGAUGAUCUUCCCGACUGGCUGAUCCCUGGUAGCAAGGCAAAACUGGACGCGCAGCGUCGUAAAAAAGAGUCCGCAGAGGCACAAAGCGCGGUUCCUGAGGCUUCCAAACCCGCGCCAGCAGCGCCAGCAGCACCAGCAGCACCAGCAGCACCAGAAACACCAGAAACACCAGCGGUCCAGCAGAAAGCGCCGGAGCUCGAUUGGUACAUAUCUCCUGCGAACAAGGAGCUGUACGCCUCAACCUAUGACGCUUGCGACACCUUCACUGAUGGCACCGUCUCCUACCCAGCGUUAGCUGGCGUGGUGCGGUCGGUAUUCCCAAAUGUGAGCUCUAGCGAAGUGGAUCGCAUGUGGUUGUUAGUCAACCCUCAGAAAUCGCCCUCCAUCAACAGAGACCCCGCGUUUUAUUUGAUCCAUGCGCUUAAGCAAAGAAAUGACAUGGGCUGCGAGCUGCCAAGCGAACUACCGCAUGCUAUCAAAGAAAUCUGUAACCAGCACCGCGUUUCAUAUGAUCUGAACUCGAGCCAGGCGGACGUGAAGCGCUCUUCCUCCCCAACCAAGCCGGCCGACUACCACGCAUCUGCAAGUGUUAGAGAGCGGAGCUCUAAUUUCCGGUCCGGAGGAGGUGCCGAAGGUGAGGUGGGACAGAUAAAGAAGCAGAUCGCGGAUCUCGAUGCUCAACCUUCUGGGACCCCCCAGGUUGUCAGCAAUCCAUCGGAUGUACCAUCAGACCCAAACACGGCGAGAAAGCAGUUUGAGGAGCUUUUGAGGUAUCGGGAGGAGCAGUUGCGCUACUCAGGAAACACGCAUAAUGGGUCUAUCAAUGUGAAAGGCAUAAAAGAAGAUUUGAAGACUAUUGCACAACAGGUCGGGGUUCUGGAGCAGUUCCUUGCCAACAAGAAGCAAGAGCUUCAGCAAUUACAGUCAGAAUCGCGCAACUUGAACUACUCUGGGCGUGCAUAG